UCCAAUUCCAAUCUUCAAACCGAUUCCCAAAUUUCCAAUUCAACCCUUUGUUUGUUCAAAAGUCAUAAUCAUUCCAAUGGGUGAGAAAGAUGAUACAAAGAAGGAAGCUGGUGAGAAAAAGCCUGCCGACGCCGCCGGCGGACCAAAAAAGGCCGACGGUGGCCCUCUAACCGUCGUUCUUAAACUUGACUUGCAUUGCGAUGGAUGUGCCAAAAAAAUCAUAAAAUCUAUACGCCACUUCGAAGGUGUGGAAAGUGUGAAGGCCGACACCCCCGGCAACAAACUAAUGGUAACGGGGAAGGUGGAUCCCACGCGCAUCAAGGAACGAGUAGAGUACAAGACCAAGAAGAAGGUGGAGAUCCUCUCUCCUCAGCCCAAAAAGGACGGCGGAGGUGGAGGUGAUAAGAAGCCCGAUGAAAAGCCACCGGAGAAAAAACCCGCCGAUGACAAAAAACCAAAAGAGCCUCAACCGAGUACGGUGGUUCUCAAGAUUCCACUACACUGCGACGGAUGCAUACACAAAAUCAAACGACAGAUAUCAAAGAUCGAUGGUGUAGAAUCAGUGACGCCAGAUUCCGGCAGGGAUUUGGUCACAGUGAAAGGGACAAUGAACGUGAAAGAACUCCUUCCCCAUUUAAAGGAAAAACUUAAAAGGAAAAUCGAUAUUGUCCCUCCUAAAAAGGAAGAAAAAGGAAGUACUGAUGCAAAAGAUGACAAGAAAGAAAAGGGAGAAGGUGGAGGUGGAGGUGAUAAGAAAGAGAAGGAAGGUGGUGGUGGUGGUGAUACAAAGGCUAAAGGCGGCGACGGUGUUGUUAAGGCGGCAGGUGGUGGUGGUGGCGGUGGUGAAGAUAAGAAGAAGGGGAUAGAGGUGGUCAACAGAUUGGAAUAUUCCGGUCAUAAUCCUUACACAUACACGAUGCCAUCGUAUAACCAGAAUUAUUACAAUCAGAAUUAUUAUAAUCAAGAUUAUGGAGUGUUAGCAUCUUCUAGUCAUGGCUAUGUAUCUCAAGGUUAUAAUUACGGACAUGGAAUGGAAUAUUCGCAUCCACCGCCAUUGCCGCCGCCGCCGAUGUACCUUCACGAUCCUCGAGUGACUGAUUCAGGGAUGUUUAGUGACGAAAACCCGAAUGCAUGUUCAGUUAUGUAAAUAAAUUUUAAAUAUAAAUUAAAAAAUGUAAAAAAAAUAGAUAAACGGGAUUGGUGAAAAUGAGACAUAUAGAUUAUUAUUAUAUCGUAAGGUUAUAAAAUAGAAUUAAAAAAUUAGUUUUAGAAGGGUGGUUUAACGUUAGGU